GUAAUAUCGCUCGAGUUCCAUUUAUUUAAGAGUGCAUAAUUAUUUUUCAGAUUUUUGAGCAUUUCUAGAAGACUCAUAAACUCCAUGUCAUAGCUGAAUUUUGCACAACUCCAUGAAGAUGGCAGCAGUAAAGCCGGGGUGGUUUUUAAAGCACUUAGGCUGACAUAUUCGUCCAGGGCAUGGCGAGGAGGAGUAAAGAAGGCUGCUGUUCUGUGCUGCAGAUGAAUGAAGACAAUGCACGCUUUGGUUUACUGGCAACGCUGAUUCUAAUUUACCUGCUGUGUGGAGCAGCAAUCUUCUCGGCCAUCGAACACCCCGGUGAGCUACAAGCCCAAAAGCUCUGGAAGAUGCGUCUUCGAAAUUUCACACAGACCUUCAACGUCAGCCCCGCAGAACUGAUGGCCUUCUUGAGGCAAUAUGAGGAAGCCAAUGUGGCGGGGAUUCGAGUUGAUGCCCUGAGGCCUCGAUGGGACUUCCCUGGGGCAUUUUACUUUGUGGGCACAGUUGUUUCAACAAUUGGGUUUGGCAUGACAACACCUGCCACCAUCAGUGGAAAGAUCUUUCUCAUCUUCUAUGGGCUGAUUGGCUGUGCCGCCACCAUUCUCUUCUUUAACCUCUUCCUGGAACGCAUUAUCACCAUGUUGGCAUACAUACUGAGAUGGGUUCAUGAAAGGCAGCUGCAUCGCACUGGCGUCCGCAUGUCGUCUGAGCACCGCUGUGGCUCAGCAGGUGACGUCGAUAGUCUUGAAGGCUGGAAGCCCUCUGUCUACUACGUGAUGCUGAUCUUAGGAGUGGCGGCCUUGCUCGUUGCCUGUUGUGCUUCUGCAAUGUACUCUUCCAUGGAAGACUGGAGUUACUUUGAUUCUUUCUACUUUUGCUUUGUUGCAUUCAGCACAAUUGGCUUUGGCGAUCUAGUGAGCAGUCAAAAAGAACAUUACCAAAGCCAGAAUGCUUACCGUUUUGGGAACUACUUGUUCAUUAUAAUGGGCGUUUGCUGCAUUUAUUCUCUUUUUAAUGUCAUUUCAAUUGUCAUCAAGCAGAUCCUCAAUUGGAUAUUGGCCAAGAUAGACUGUCGCUGCUGCCGGCGCUGGCAAAAAAAGCAUUUCCGUCAUCAUCGCAAUGCGGUGAGACCAGCACCUAACAAGACUCGCCAGAAAAAUGCCUCCAUUGAUACGGUCUGUGACAGUGAAACUGACGGGCGCCGCAUGUCAGGGGAGAUGAUAUCCGUCAAAGACUUUCUGGCUUCCAAUAAAGUCUCCUUGGCAAUUAUGCAGAAACAGCUUUCAGAGACUGCAAAUGGAGCCCGACAAACUUAUAUCCACCAUAAUGGCUUUUCUGGGGGAAUUGGAGCUCUGGCUAUCAUGAAUAACCGGCUUGCUGAGACCAGUGUGGACAGAUAGCAUUUAACAGAAUAAAAGCUGACAGUUGUAACUGAAGAUUUUCUCAGAAUUUUUUUUUGCAAGUGACAUUGUCUUUGAAAAACCUCUGAAUUAUUUUGUUUCUUGG